GCCGCAAGAUGAUAAGAUGGCACAUUGACCUACAACCAUGGGCAAGCCCAACUCCUUCCCUGCACUAUGAGGCCUUGAGGUUCCUGAAGUACAUAAGCACCACUCAGGUUUCCUGCGAGCACCUGAAGCUGAACAGCGCGGCGGGGCGCGCGGGAACGGCGAAGAAGCCCUGGCCGCUCUGCCUCGACGAGCGGUUCAGCCUCGUUCAUCGCAUCAGGAGCAGGCAGUGUCGCCUCUAUUCGCUCGGGCUGGGCAGCGAGGACAGCCAGCUGGAGGCGAGCCUGGCGCACGGGGGCUGCGAGGUGCACCGCUUCGACCCCAGCAUCAAGGCAGCGCACGUGCAGGAGGGCCCGCGCCUCUGGCAUCACCGCCUCUCCGUCGACUGGAGGGAUCCCAACCCGGCCAUUGCUGCCCAUAAGCUUCACAGCAACACCAAGAAGCUGGGCACGAUAAUGAGUGAAUUUGGGCAUCAGAAG